AUGGGUAUUAUCACUGUACGGUCACUUGCAAGAGCUCGUCUUUGGGUAGCACAGACGCGAGGAUACGCGGCGGUAUCAGCCUCUGGCCCUACUCCAAGCCUGACAAUGCAUACUUUGGGCCCAUUUCAAGUAUUUGACCGCGAAACCAAACGAAUACAGAAGGACAGGGCCGCUUCCAAGGAUGGCGGAGAAUCAAGCAGAACGGUAGACUAUGUACGAGACGAGAUAGCUGAUAGGAUGAUGGAACGGUUAGAGGACAUCAAACGCAAAUUCAGCACCAUAGUCGAUUUAGGUUCAGGUUCAGGUCACUUCUCCAAACUAUUAGACCCGGACAAGACGCAAAAAUGCAUCAUGAUUGAUUCUAGUCACGAAACUCUACACCGUGACCCAGAUUCUGAAUUUGAAGUUGAGGUGGAACGAGUACAUGCAAACGAAGAGAAUUUGCUUCAAAUAAUUAGUCCCAAUUCACAGGAAGCCAUUGUGUCUUGCCUGAGUUUACACUGGGUAAACGAUCUUCCUGGUGUGCUCAUUCAAAUUAAAGAGGCUCUCCAGCCAGAUGGACUGUUUUUGGGUGCUAUGUUUGGAGGCGAAACUCUCUUCGAACUGAGAACCGCACUCCAACUUGCCGAAGUCGACCGGGAAGGCGGUAUUUCUCCGCACAUCUCACCCAUGACGGAUACGAGAGAUGUCUCCAACCUACUUGGCCGGGCAGGUUUUACCUUACUCACUGUCGACAUUGAUGAAGUGAAGGUGGCCUACCCUAGUAUGUGGGAAUUAAUGGACGAUCUGCGCGAUAUGGGAGAAAGCAACGCGGUCAUUGGAAGGCGGCAUAUAGUACAUCGCGAUACUCUCGCAGCCGCGUCAGCCAUUUAUAAAGAGUUACACGGUAACGGAGACGGCACUGUCCCAGCUACGUUCCAAGUAAUAUUUAUGAUCGGUUGGAAACCUGCCCCAACUCAGCCGAGACCCUUGGAAAGAGGCAGUGGGAAGACAAAUUUAAAGGAUGUUUUGUAA